AUAUUAUACUGUUUUUAUUCGUCGUUCUUGUUGUUGGACCGUCUGCGGCGUAUUGACUGUCGAAUGACGAGUCUGUUCUGAAUUCUGAUUCCUGGCUGUUCUCUAUUGUUCUACUAGCACUCGGUCACGUUUUGCGUGGUCUCUGAUCGAAAGUGUUGUUUGGCCAUAAGCGCGUUUUUUGAACUGUUAUUUUUUUUUACCAUCAUCGCCGUGCGUUUGCUGGCGCGACGAGACGGGUCGUCUGCACAUAGACACACAGUGCGCGUGCGGUUUCAACUCGCAUACAACUCUUGGCAACAGAUUCAUGAAUCACUGGCUAAAUGAACCUCUCAAAUUCUGAUCUGAACGAACGCUUAUACUUUAUCAACUUUAACCAAGACAGCACAUAAAAAUGGAAGUCGAACUGGACCAAGAUUUACUGUAUACUGCCAUUCAAUUUCAUGGGCCUAAUUUACAAGAAGCACUAGGAAGUGAUUUAGGCGAGGUUGGAGAUUUUACAGGACUUUCUACCAUAAGUUUCCCAGCCUAUGCAAAUGGACAUAGUAUCACAAAUGAUUUGGAUAGUGAAAAACAAUUGAAACUCCAUAAAUUUAUUGCAAAUAAUUCAAAAGCAUUUUUUAGUGUUGAUUUGUUGGCCAACAAUAAGCAAAAACAAUGCGAAGACUUCGAGAUCAACUCAUUUACUGUAAUGCCACCAUAUGAAGUGUUCGGUUAUAUUAACAAAGAAUCUAAGUUAAAACAUUUCUUAAAUGAACUAUCUGAAGGUGAAAUCAUAAUUACUUCAAUAUCCUCAAAAACUGUCUCUGGAUUAAUUUUAAAGGUAUUAUGCACUUAUACUGAACCUGUAAGGUGUGUUUCUGAUAUUAAUGUUCGUGGUUUUUGUCAAGCGUCUAUUCCUGGUCUUAGUAUUGGGGACAAUUUGUGUUGUGAAGUAUUGGAGGUAGUCCCUGAAGCUUGUAAAUUAGUUUGUGGAAUAAAAGGAGUUAAAUGCCACAAGAAGUAUAAAGAUUUACUCGGCUUAUUCAACAUGGAGAAUUGUCCUCAAACAUUUAAAUUAUUUCAUGCUGGUAAAAAUGAUGAAUCGUAUAACUCAAUGUUACAAAACUCUACAGGAUUUAAAAAUCCGUCAAAUACUUGUAACUUGGAGUUGAUAACAGGUUUGUCUGAUGAUAGAUAUUCAAUUAUACCGUCUUUGUCAGGGAGCUUUCCAGAAAAAGAAAUUGCAUUAGAACUUCGUAAAGUUCAGUCUGCUCAAUGGGCUAUUCAAAGCGUCUCGGAUGGAAUUAAAUUUUUUAAAGCCGGACAACACUCUGAAGCAUUUUUAUGCUUAAAUAAGGCAUUAACCAUAGAUUCUUUAAAUGUAGAAGCUUAUGUAGCUAGAGGUGCUUUAUAUGCUAAUCUAAGUCGUUUUCAAAAAGCAAUUGAAGAUUUAAAAUCUGCCUUGAAAGUUAAUCCGAAACAUUUAAAUGGUCGUAAGUAUCUUGGUGAAACUCUAAUGGGAUACGCUAGGACCUUAGAGUCACAAAAUAAAUUAGAAGAAGCUUUACAGUAUUAUGAAGAAUGCUUACAUGUAAUACCUGAUCAUGAUGAAGCCAAAGCAUCUAUUGAAUAUCUUAAGUCAACUCUCUUAGUUGGAAGAGCAAUACCAAUGAAUACACUUGACAGUUUACCAAAAAAAAAAAAUGAUACUGAUUUAGAAAAAUCUGCAAGUAGUAGUAGCAGUUCUAAUAAUAGUAACAGCAGUUCAACUGAUAGUUCAAGUUCAGGAAGUUCUUCAGAUGAUGAAAGUAUUAGUGACUCAGAUAGUGACUCUGAUCACACAUCCUCUUCUGAUACUUCAAGUGAUGGAUCAUCUGGCAAUGAUUCACAAAAAGUAGAAAAAGAAAGAUCUUUAUCACCAUUUAGUAAACGCUUAGCUAUGAUGGAUGGAAGUAGUACUAAUGGAGGUGGAUUACCCUGUAAUCCUUCAUUUAUUGCAUCAGAAAAUUCUCAACCUCAACUGAAUUCUGAAAAAGAAAGUGAUAUUGAAGAAAGAAUAGAAAAGUUAAUACUCCUAAGUCAAUCUAACAAAUUUAAGAAAAGUAAGCAAAUUGGACUUAAUAUACAAAAACUGUUAGAAGAAGCUUGUGCCUUAAAGAAUGAAGAAAAAAAAACAGAAAAGAAAAUGAAAAAAUCCAAAGAUAAAAAGAAGUCUCAUAAACACAAGAAAAAAGAUUCUAAAAAUAAACUGAAAAGUGCUAAAGAUCAUCAGGAACAUCAUCAUAAAAAAAAUAAAUCAAAAAAACACAAGUUCGCUGAACAAUCCUUCGAUAACGAACAGCAAGUUGUACAAAAAUCCAGUCUCCCUGAUCCGGAGAGUGUUAAAUCAAAUUUAUCAAGUUUAAAAGAAAACAUAUUCUUUAAAAAGUAUGUGAAACAAGAUAAACCCAAUGAUCAAAAUGUUAUUGAUAAGGAUAAUGAACAAUCAGACAUGUUUAAAGCAACUGAAGUUGUAGAAAUGCCUAAUACUUACAAGUAUGAUGAAGAUCCGUCAUUAAUUCCAACACCUAAGUUUAAAAUGCAACUGCCUACUACAACUACGACUUAUGUUAAGGUCAAGAAGAAGGAGGCAACUGAUAGUGUACCAUACAAUUGGGACAACAAUCGUUUGCUGCCUACAAAUCAUGAGUUAAUGAGAACUCAAUCAUCCAAUAAUAAUGAAACUAAUAAUGCAGAGCAUACAUUUCCUACUAUGUAUGAAAACAGCAAAGGAUAUUUCAUUCCACCGCCGUCAACUCAUCCAGUUUCUGAAAAUAAUAUGAAUAAUAUGGAGUUUCAACAAAAGCAAACUUAUUUGAGUCCUAAUAACAAGCAAAGAUCACGUACCCGGUCAGUAUCUAAGAGGCGCAUAAAUUAUUCAAGAAGUAGAAGUUCCGGAGGUCGUUCAAGUCAGUCUCCGUUUAAAAAGAAACCCAAAGAGGCAUCAAAGUCGAAAACCAGGAGUCGUUCAGGAUCAUAUCCUAGACAUCGACGUUAUUCAUCUUCCCGUUCAAAUCGUUCUCGUUCAUCUUCUCGUUCAUACUCUCGUUCUCGUUCACGCUCUCGUUCCAUGCAUCAUCGCAACCGCAUGCCAUACUACAAUAAUCGUAAUCGUGGCACAUACUAUAAACCACGUUUUCAAAAUCAAAAUCAUCAUAAUCGUGGUUUUCAGAAUCGUGGUUUCCAACAUCGUGGAGGAUAUGUGCACAGACAAAAUUAUAAUAACUAUAACAAUAACUGGAAUAAUAGGGGACAACGAGGUGGUGGAAGGCAACGAUUCUUCCAUUACAGACCUAGACAAUAUGAUAGAAAUAGACACUAUGAGAGGCGCAGUUACUCUGGUUCACCAAAUCGUCGUAGUCGUAGCCGUAGUAAGAGCCGUAGUGGAUCUAAAAAUUCUUCGAAAGAAUAUAGAAAACGUUAUUCUGGUGGUAGUGGUGAAGACCCACAACACAUUGCUAAUAACAAGCCCAAAACUCCACCAGAACCAACUACUGAAACCAAUAAAUGGCAACUUGAUAGCAAUGAUAAUGGUAAUAGGAAUUCACAAGACCACGAUGAAGGAUCCAUUGAAUGAAAAUGCAAUGCUGACAACUUAAUCAUAUUUGAUGAUUUACUUAUUUUACACAAACAUUCACUUGAGAUAUAUUUUUAUUUGUUUUAAAUUAUGUCUUUUUUUUAAUAUUUUCUUUAUGAAUUAAAUAACCACUUAUAAAAACCCUAUUUAAAACUAAGAUUUUUUUAAUUGAAUAUUACAAUUUUAGAUUCUGAUUUUGCUUUAAUUAGUUAAUUUUGGGCUUUUAUAUACUAGUAUGCUUUAUUUAAACUCGUACAUUAUAAAUUAAUAAUCGUAAUUAUACAUACAUUUUAGUAGACACCUAUAAUUUGUAUUAGUAUAUCAGUGUUUAAAAUAUAUUUUAUUAUUUGAUAAAAAAAAAAAGACAGACUGUAUUUCAUAUAUUUAAUAAAAAAUGUAGUAUUUAGUUUAAAAAUGUUUUCUCUUUGCUUAGAGAACUCUUUCUGUACUUUCAUCCUAUAAUAUAUUUAUUUUUACAAUCAUCAAAUUCUAGAAAGAUAGUAACACCUGUGUAAUACUCAUCUGUAAACCUAUAUAAAUACUCGUGUAAUUUAGAUGAUAAUUUUUGAAAUCAAUGGACUACAGUACAAAAUGAAUUAAAUUAAUGUUAGUUAUUAUUAACAUAAUAUUAUUUGUGUUGUAUGUAUGGGGUGUUUCAUCUUUGUAUAAAACUAUUUUUAAUAAUAAUAUAAAAAUGAACUUUUUAAAAUAAUAAA